AUGGCAGAACCAGCUGAGAAUGGAAAUGCGAUCAGCGCUGACGAAAUCGCCUUGUACGACCGACAGAUCCGGCUCUGGGGAGUCCAUGCCCAAGAGAAAAUUCGGUCUGCAAAUAUUCUACUCGUCACUGUGAAAGCUCUCGCAAAUGAAGUAGCCAAGAACCUGGUUCUCGCCGGUAUUGGCUCGCUCACAAUUAUCGACCAUGAACCCGUUACCGAGGCCGAUCUCGAUGCGCAAUUCUUCCUGGAGGAGGCGCACAGAAACGAGGAUAUCAUCAAAGAGGGAAAGAAUCGCGCCGAAGUCGCCGGUCCUCAAAUCCACAAGAUGAACCCGCGCGUGAAACUGCACAUCGACACCUCAGAUAUUCGCACCAAACAGCCAAACUUCUUCGCCCAAUUCGAUGUCACAAUUGCCACAGAACUAGACUACGAAACCAACAACACCAUCAACGCAGCCUGCCGUCUAGCCAACAAACCAUUCUACGCCGCCGGGCUCCACGGUUUCUACGGCUACGUCUUCGCCGAUCUAAUAACCCACGACUUCGUCAUCGAGCGCAGCAAAUCCAACAUCCCUUCCGCAAUCCACGAGACCCAAACCCGCAGCAUCGUCAAAGUCACCACCAAGAAGGAAGGCGACAAGACAAUCGAACUAGUUACAAAGCGCGAAACAUACUCCCCUCUCCUCCUGGCCAAUACAUCCCCUUUACCAGAAGACUACACCCGUCUCCCCCGGCGCCGCAAGCAAGUGACGCCCCUCCUCUCCUGUCUGCGCGCACUAUGGGAAUUCGAAAAACUCUCCGGAGGCCGCAAGCCCACAUUCAACCACGCAGACCUGGAAAGCUUCACCAAGCUCGCGCGCGAAGUUCACCAGGAACUCAAGCUCGACAUGGGGUCGCUGGAUAGUGCAUUCCUGCGCAAUUUUCUCCAGAAUCUAGGCUGUGAACUUAGUCCCGUCGCGGCGUUCUUGGGUGGAUCGCUUGCGCAAGACGUCAUUAAUGUUCUUUCUGCGAGAGAGCAGCCAUUGCAGAAUAUGCUACUUUUCGACGGGGAGAAGUCAAUUGGCCCAAUUUAUUCACUUCAUCCGUUCUUCCCGCCUGAGAUGGGCAUGGAGAGUCUUGGGGCUGUGCCGCCCGUUGGGAAUCCUAUUCCUAUGGGUGGGAAUGGGGCUGCUGCUGGUCACGUUAAUGUUGAACCGACGGUUAUUGAGUGA